AUGACUGCUGGUGUACGACAGCUUCUAGGCUUGGCCUUGGCCACCGUCAGCUUUGUGGGGAACAUCAUCAUCUGUGCUCUCCCACAGUGGAGAGUGAAAGAGUUCUGGCGUGAAGCUUAUCCCUUUGAAUCCAACGUCACUGUGUCUCUGAUGUUCUUUGAGGGUUUAUGGAAGUUCUGUGAAACCUCCAAUGUACUCCUGACUUGGUGCAAAAGGUAUGAUGAAACACUUGCGCCUAUAAGUACAGACCUGAAGGUUGCCAGAGUGCUCAUUAUCAUUGCCAUUAUCAUUGGUGUCUUUGGGAUCCUGCUUGGGGCUGCUGGGAGCAAAUUCAUCAACUUUGUGUCAGACGAAAGGAAAAGGAACAAAAUGGCUAUGGCUUCUGGAGUUGUUUGUCUCAUUGCAGGCAUAUUUGUGCUAAUACCAAUCAGCUGGACCACCACAUCCAUCAACAAUAAUUCCGAUCAAUUUCUGCCUCUUGGCUUUCAGAAGAGUGAGCUUGGAGCCUCGGUCUACAUUGGCUGGAUCACCACAGCGCUUCUGUUCCUGGGAGGAGGCCUCCUCUGCAGCUCCUUUAUCUGCCGUGGUAACUCUGACUAA